AUGUCGCUGGCCAUCUUCUCGUCGUCACUCAAGAGCUCGGCCUUCAAGACCGCCCGCGUCGCCACCACCAUCACAUCAAGACCCUCCUCUGCUAUCUGGAGCCAACGGUUCUACUCUACCGAGAACAAGGAUAACAAGGACAACAAGGAGGAGGCGGCACCAGCACAAGAGGCGGCACCAGCAGGAGAGGCUACUGAGGCUGCUGCUGAACAGAAGACUGCUCAUGAGGAGGCCUUGGCUGCCAAGGAUAAGCAGCUUGCUGAGGUCAAGGACCGUUUGUUGCGCACACUCGCCGAUAUGGAGAACCUUCGUCAGAGGACCGCCAAGGAGGUCUCCAACACUAAGGACUACGCCAUCCAAAAGUUUGCCAAGGAUCUCCUCGACACCGCCGACAUCCUCAACAUGGCGAUCAAGAACGUCCCCCAGGACGAGAUUGUUGAGACUUCAAACAACACCCACUUGAAGUCGCUCCACACCGGAGUCGCCAUGACCCGUGAUGAGCUCCUCAAGACCUUGAAGCGGUACGGUGUCGAGUCGUUCGAUCCCAUGAACGAGAAGUUUGACCCUAACCUGCACCAGGCCAACUUCCAGGUGCCCAUGCCCGGAAAGGAGCCCGGCACUGUCUUUGAUGUCCAGAAGAUUGGCUUCAUGAUUAAGGGACGUGUCCUCCGGCCAGCACAGGUUGGUGUCGUCCAGUCCACCGAUUAA